AUGGAUGAAUUAAAUUCUAAUCGAAAUGAUAAAACAACAGUAACAAAUUCGGAAGAAUCUUCAUUUAUUCUUCAAUCAAAUUUAAAUGAUAGUCAACAUAAUGAAAAUUAUCAAUAUAAAUUAAAAGCACCUUUGCGUAUUUCACAAACAUAUGAAAAAGAUUUUUUUGAUAAUUAUCAUAUAAAUUAUUGUGGUAAACUUGAACAUGAAGGUUUAUUUAUAGCUUCUAUUCGAUCAAUUCCAAUAGAAAUAAAUGAUAUAGAUAAUAAAUCAACAUCUGAUUAUUUAAAAAUAAAUAAUGAUGAAGAAGAACAUCAACUAGUUCGAGCUCUUAUUCGUACAAUGAAUAACAAUUAUGACGUAUCAGAUAAAAUAAAUAUCAAAAAUGAAAAAAAUAUUUUACAUAGUUUAUUUCAAAAAGCUCAAUUAUCAUCUAUUCAACAUUAUGAAAUUAUUCAUCAUAUCAAAGCCAAUGAAAAACUUCUUGAAUUUGAUAAAUAUAUUGAUGAUCAAUAUUCAAAUAAGAUUGGUUUUAUUUUUCAACGUUUAAAUCAAACAAAUGAAAAUGAAAUUUUAAGUAAUAAUGAUAUGUCCAUCGAAAUGAAGAAUUUUCUAACUUUAAUAAGUGAACGUAUUGAAUUAAAAGAUUUUAAUAAAUAUCGUGGUGAUCUUGAUAUAAAAACAAAUGAACAUGGACUUUAUUCUUAUUUUACAUUCUAUGAAAAUCAUCAAAUAAUGUUUAAUAUUGCACCAAUAAUUCCAUCGGAAAUCAAUGAUAAAGAAUUUAUUCAUCGAAAAGGUUUAAUUGGUAAUGCAUUAUUAUGUAUAGUUUUUCAAGAAGUUGGCAGUAGAUUUCAACCCGAUUUUAUUCUUGGAAAAAUGAUACAAGUUUAUAUUACAGUUCAACCAAUAGAAAUUAAUUCUCAACUUCAUUAUAAAAUAGAAAUUUGGCGUCGUUGUGAUAUUGAAUCUAUUGAUAAACCAUCUGGUGGUAUUUAUAAACAUGAUGAAACAUUUCGAACUUAUUUUCUUACAUUAAUAUUAAAUACAAUGAAUAUUAUUUUAAAAAAAGAUGUUUUUCAAUUACGUAUUGUUAAUCAAAGAGAACGUUCAAAAAAUGAAUUUAUUGCAAGACUUUCGCAAUUUUUUUCUUCAUACUCAUUUCAACAAAAUAAUAAUAUUCAACAAAUUGAUAUACAAGAAUCUGAUGAUGAACAUAAAUCAAAAACUUCGAAUUCACAUCGUUAUAAGAAUAUAAUACCGAAAAUUAAAGAAACAUUUUCCAAUAGUCAAGUAAGACAACAUCAUUCGGCACCAAAUACUGGUAUGUUAACAAAACCUUCAUCAGCAAAUAUGAAACGAAAUUCAUGGAAUUCUCUUGUUCCAACCCCACAAUCAAAUAAUGACCAUGAAUCUUUUUUAUCAAUUGUUAAUCGUAUAUUACGUCAACAGGAUACUUCGAAAUCAGAACCAUCAUCAAUAAAAUCAGUUUCAUUGCUAGUCCCCAAUAAAAUUGAUCCUAUUGAAUCAAAUACUGAAAAAACAUCAACAAAUAAUACAAAUUCAAGUACAGAAAACAAAGAAUAUACUGACUUUCCAUCAGCUAAUAAUAAUGAAGAAUUAACUAUAUAA